AAAAAAAGAGCAGUUCACCCCCCUCCUGCACCGCGCCGCACAGUUGUGCUGGAGUUUGUGGAGCUUGGCUGAGGGACGGACGGCUCGUCAUCCCGGAAGGAGAUUGGUACGGAGAGCAUGAGAAGGCUGCCUGCCGGGGACUGACACCACACCAGGGAUGAUGGACACCGAGCCUGAGUUGCCCCUGCUAGGGCUAAGUGUGGCGCUCUUCUCCAGCCUGCUCAAUGGCUCCACGUUUGUGCUGCAGAAGAAAGGCAUCCUGAGAGCCCGCACCAGAGGUGCAUCUUACCUUACAGACUUUAUAUGGUGGAUUGGCACUAUUACAAUGGCUUUGGGGCAGAUUGGAAAUUUCCUAGCAUAUACUGCUGCACCAGCUGUGCUUGUGACUCCUCUGGGUGCCCUGGGCAUUCCAUGUGGGUCUCUCUUGGCUUCAUAUGUACUAAAAGAAAGGCUCAACUUCUUGGGUAAACUGGGAUGUCUGCUCAGCUGUGUGGGCUCUGUCAUUCUAAUUAUUCACUCUCCUAAGUCUGAAAAUAUUACAUCUCGAGCUGAGUUUGAAGAGAAGCUCUCCAACCCAGUAUUUCUGAGCUACCUCUGUGUUGUUCUCCUGAUGCUGUCUUUGCUGAUAUUUUGGCUUGCACCAGUUUAUGGGAAGAAAAAUAUCAUGGUUUACAUUGGGAUAUGUUCACUGCUUGGCACGUUCACUGUUCCAUGCACUAAGGGCAUUGGCCUGGUUGCACAAGAUGCCUUUACCAGCGAUCCAAGCAGCCCAGGGGCAAGACACCUUUUCCUGUGCCUCAUAGCAGUAUUGGGAUGUAGCAUCCUCAUUCAGUUUCGCUACAUAAACAAAGCACUGGAAGACUUUGACUCUUGCAUAUUUAGCGCCAUCUAUUAUGUGACUUUCACAACAUUAGUCCUGCUGGCAACAGCCAUCCUCUUUCAGGAGUGGACUAAAGUAGGUGCAGUGGACUUUUUAGCCAUACUAUGUGGCUUUAUCACUGUAUCCACUGGGGUUAUAUUAAUCCAGAUGUUUAAAGAGUUUAACAUCAACUUCCGAGAGGUGAACAAGACAUUAGAGAAAAAAGAGUGAAAUAAGUAGGCCUAAAAAUGCAGAACAGUUAUUCCAUGUUCAAAUUCAACAUGUCUAUCUUGUAACUUAAAUAAUUUAAAUUGUCAGCAUAUUUUGUAUUUGUGCCUUCACAUUGACUUCCAUUCCUUUUGCCUCUCAUAGGUAGGUGUUCUAAAGGGAAUCAUCCUGUUUGACUGGCAUUCCAAUAUCUGACAUGCUCUUUAUAUUCUGUGUGCUUAUUUCACUUUCAUUUAGGGUAUGUAUGCAGGUAGGCUGGUUGUCAUUUACCACAUAGUUUUAACUACAUAAGUCAGUCUAGUGUUUGCUAAUCUGACAUUGUAUAAUUUUAAUUUGCUUUGUGUCUGCGUCCUCUUGUAGUCUGAACAUCACUGCGCCCAUACUGUGUUAGUGACUUUGCAAUGCUACUGUGACUGCUUAGGACCCUACACUUACCACAGUACUAAUUUAAAGUCUGUUCUCAUAAUGUAGAUGGCUAUGAAUCAAUGUGCUUCUUCUGUAAUGACCUGUAGCUCGAUUUUUUUUCCUACACUACCCUCCCACCAUCACUCAUUAAUAGCUUCUGUCCCUUGCACAGCCAUUACACCUGCGUGAGUCAAUGUUUCUUGGAAUGCAGUACUGUCAUACACAAAGCUCAUAGUUAUUUGCAAAUGCAAGUGUGGGUCCUUGCAUAGUAUUUGCAUGGUUCAAUUGUUUACAAAUAGUAUGUUGUAAAGAACCCAAGUGAUGCUAAAUUAGAGCAUGUUUUUGGGGACAUAAUAGUUUGGCUUGUUCUGGUCUUGAAAUUGCAUGUUACAGCUGGUAAGAUGUAGUAGUGUUUAGGUUGUAGUUGGCCGUGGAGCAACACCAAAGCCCAAUUCAUUGGCCUGUAUAAUCCCGUUUUGGUUAUAGUCAUAUAAACUAAUAUAUACAAAUAUAAUAUAGAAAAAGAAAGAUUGUGCAAUAAGGUAGUAAUUAGCAAUAACAUAUUUUUCAGCUUUUGAGCCCCUAUAUUUUUGCGUUUUUUUUUCUUUUUCCAAGAGAGUAAAAUCUAAUCAGUUGCAAGUAGACAUUUGACACGGAAUUGCUGUUUUGUAUAUAAACUUUAUCUGGGAAAAUUCACUUUAUUAUUGUAAAGUAGAAUCUUUUCAAUUGUUAAUAUUAAGGUAAUGCAAUGCUCUGGUCAUUCUCAGGUAACACAAGUGAAACUACUCAGUAUUAAUUUAAAAAAUGUUGCUUUACUUAUGUGAAAAAUGAAACGUUUAAUAGCAACACACAUACCUGAUGAUUGUUCUGUGGAUAUGAAGUACAGUUUUAUACCGCUGUCCUUAGUAUGAUGAAUAAUGAUAUCAAUAUGUACUGUAUGCUUAUCAUAUAUUAGGAGCAAACUGCAUACACUGGACCUCUAAUCUCAUCAACAGAGCUGAUCUGUGAAAGCAUUCUGGCAGCAUAUGACAAGACAAUUCGAUUUUAUUUCCUAUAAAUAUGAUUAUACUUGGACAGCUAGUUUACUUCUACUUUAUCUCAAUUACAUUGUAAUAAUGUCUAAAUAACUUUAAUAUAUUUUGAUGCACCUCUGUUUAUAAUGCACGUGAAGAAUACAAAAGCAUAACCAACAUUUAUUAUGUAGAAAAAUAAGUCACAUUCUAUAAAACUGGAGAAAAAGAAAACUGAUGUGUUGCCCACUGCAAACAUUUAGAAUCCAGCUGCCUAUCUCCAGUUGUAUAGAAUACCAACAUCUUUAUUCUAUGUACAGUAUUAAGAACAACUGAGAAGUACAUUUUCAAGAUUGAUGCCACUCUUCUUGUGGCACAGGAUGAUUAGGAGUUUGUAAUCAGAUUUUUGAAGGGGAAAGUUAUUGAUAGCACUGAUCUUUUAAAGGGUACUGACGACACUAUUAUCAAGUUCUUUUUGAAAAUGUGUGCCUUUUUUACAAAAAAAAAUGUUUUACUAAUCUAUAAAAGAUUCAUGAAUUCAUGCUU